AUGCACAUCCUCAAUCCCCUCACACUGCUGCUCUCCGCAGCUUCUCUGCUCGUGCCCAGCGCCCUCGCAGCUGCCUCGUCCUCCGCCAUCGCCGCCGAGAAGAAGUUCGCAAAGUUCAACGCCCUGCUCAACACGCCCAAGCACAAGAACGGGGUCCUGCAGCUCACCGACACGCUCUACGACGACCUGACCACGGGGCCCCGGAACUACACCGCCGUCGUCCUGCUCACGGCCCUCGAGCCACGCAUUGGCUGCCAGCUGUGCCGCGAGUUCGGCCCCGAGUAUGAGCUCCUCGCAAAGAGCUGGAUGGCGGAGCACGCACCCACGGACGGCCUCGUCUUUGGCGAGCUCGACUUUGCCAAUGCUAGGACUACGUUCCAGAAGCUGCAACUCACCACCGCCCCCGUCCUCUACGUCUUCCCGCCCAGCAUCGGCCCCGCCGCCGACCCCGCCCACAUCGACACCCCCCUCCGCUUCGAGUUCAACAAGGUGCAGACCAAAGCCGAGGUCGUCGCGCGCUUCAUCGCCGCGCACACCACGCACGCGCCGCGCGUCGUCCGCCCCUUCAACUGGGCCAAGCUCGGCGUCACCGCCGGCGCCGUGAUCUUUGGCCUCACGGCGCUCAAGCUCGCGUUCCCGCUGGUCAAGCCGAUGCUGUACAGCCGCAACCUGUGGGCUGCUGUCUCCCUCAUUGCGAUCUUGCUGUUUACCAGUGGACACAUGUUUAACCACAUCCGCCGCGUGCCGUAUGUGGCGAACAAUGGCCGCGGAGGGAUCAGCUAUGUGGCGGGUGGGUUUAGUAACCAGUUUGGGCUCGAGACGCAGAUUGUGGCGGUUAUCUACGCAAUUCUGAGCUUUGCUACAAUCUCGCUGGCAAUGAAGACGCCCCGCAUCGAGGACCCCGGCAGACAGAAGGCUGCCAUUGUUAUCUGGAACGUGGUGCUCCUUGUGGCGUUCAGCUUCCUGAUGAACUUGUUUAAGCAGAAGAAUGGAAGCUAUCCGUUCUUCCUGCCGCCAUUGAUGUAA